AUGCCUAGGGCUGUUGAUGCUGUGGUUUACCUGGUAGAUGCCUAUGAUAAAGAGAGGUUUGCAGAGUCAAAGAAGGAAGUAGAUGCACUCCUUUCAGACGAGUCACUUGCCAAUGUACCGUUUCUUAUCCUAGGAAACAAGAUCGAUAUACCAUAUGCUGCAUCAGAGGAUGAAUUACGAUACCAUCUUGGUCUCACGAACUUUACCACCGGCAAGGGGAAGGUAAAUCUAGCAGACUCAAAUGUCCGUCCACUAGAGGUAUUUAUGUGCAGCAUUGUGCGCAAAAUGGGAUAUGGUGAUGGCUUCAAGUGGAUGUCUCAGUAUAUCAAGUAG